AUGUCGGACGACGGUCAGGAGCUUGUUACCAAGCCUUUCAAGUUUGUCACUGGUAUGUUCAAUGUUUGCUUCCCUGAUAAUCCCGCUACUGGCACUGACGCUCGUUUCCCCAACCAGAACCAGACCAAGCACUGCUGGCAAAACUACGUCGAUUACCACAAGUGCAUUCUCGCCAAGGGUGAGGACUUUGCGCCUUGCCGCCAGUUCUGGCUAUCUUACCGAUCUCUCUGCCCCUCUGGCUGGUAUCAGCGCUGGGAUGAGCAGCGCGAGGCCGGAAACUUCCCCGUCAAGCUCGACGCUUAA